GAAUCCAGUCGUCCAAAAAUAUCCUCUCCGAACCCAAAAUCUUCCUUCCCCUUAUGCCAAGAGACCAAGAAUCAAACGCGGGCGCAUCAGCUAUAGCACUCUUCCUAGUCCCUCAUGUGCCCUCGAUUGCUCGUCUGCUGUCGGCGGUCAGUUACUGUUCUGUAGCAGCGACGUCGUCUAUCAGAGUAAAAUGUGCAAAAGAAUAGGAAGUUGAGCAGAAGCAAGGGCUGUGUGGCAGAGAACAGCUAACCGUUUUUUUGUUCAAUAAGAUGCCAAAAGAGCUCCCAAAUUAGCUUGCUGCCAAUCCUCAUCUUCAACAACUAAGCAGGUUGAUGCAGGGCCUGCAACUGUAGCAAAAGGGCCAGAUCAUCCUGCUGCUAGCUUCAUGCCUCUUAAUAGGAAUCCUUCAUUGUUGCGCUUCAUCUCUUUGACGCUCAGAGAAUGUAGGCUUCUGGCGUAGUGCAAGAUCACAGAGUGACACUGGUCAAUAUUGGAUCACCAUGAGUAUAAGAUGGCCGAGGCUUCUAACACCUACGCACCUCUCUCAGAUUAUACGAAAGCAGAAAAACCCAUUAACAGCUCUCCAAAUUUUCAGUGAAGCUAAAUGCAAAUACCCCAAUUACCGUCACAACGGUCCAGUUUAUGCCAACAUGAUCAGCAUACUCGGAAACUCAGGCCGAAUCAAUGAGAUGAAGGAAGUAAUUAAUGAGAUGAAAAACGACUCCUGUGAAUGCAAAGAUUCAGUUUUUGUUUCUGUAAUUAAGACCUAUGCAAGAGCUGGGUUGCUGGACGAGGCAGUGUCUCUUUUCAAGAACAUUUCACAGUUCAACUGUGUGAAUUGGACGCAGUCUUUCAAUACCCUUUUGGAGAUUAUGGUGAAAGAGUCCAAGCUUGAAGCAGCUCAUCGUAUUUUCAUGGAGCAUUGUUGUGGAUGGGAAGUGAGCUCGCGGGUUCGGUCCUUGAAUUUGCUUAUGCUUGCUUUGUGCCAAAAGGGUCGUUCAGAUAUUGCACUGCAAGUUUUCCAAGAGAUGGAUUAUCAAAGUUGCAAUCCGGAUAGGGAAAGUUACCGGAUACUAAUGGAAAGGAAAGUUGUUGAAGCAGUGGAGGUGAUUGAAAAGGAGAUGGUGGAGGCAAACUGUGUUCCAACUGUAAGAGUGUAUGGUGUUGUGGUAAGAGGCCUUUGUAGCGAAGGGCAGUCUGUUUUGGCCAUUUUGUAUCUGAAGAAGAUGGAAAAGCAGGUGGGUUGUGUUGCAGACAAGAAAACCUAUGGCAUUUUGGUCGAUGGGCUUUGUGGGGAGAGUAGAUUUCUUGAAGCAAGCAGAGUAUUGCAGGAGAUGUUGAUCAAGUCACAUUGGCCUUGUGCUGAGACUUACAAUAGAGUUAUUACUGGCCUUUGCUCAGUGGGCAAGCAAUAUGAAGCUGUUAUGUGGUUGGAGGAGAUGACAAGUCGGGCUAUGCUACCGGAAUAUUCUGUAUGGAGCUCAUUGGUGGCAUCUGUGUGUUGUAACAUGGCCAACAUUGCGGUUUGCGCGGACGCCUAUAAGAGGCUAAAGAGUUCUUGAUUUCUAUGUAGUUAGACCAGUUGAAAAUGGUUAACAUGCGUUGUACACUUUUUUGCCCCUUCUUAUUUAUGCAUUUUUCAUCAUUUGGGUA